AGCUUUCUAGUUCAAAAACACUAGAAUCCAAUGAGAAAAAAUGAAUUAGAGAAUAAAGGUUAGACCUCCCCUCAGGAAGUAGAAGGAACGAGGUUUCUGUGUCUUGAGCAAGUGUCCUGCGCAUAUACGCAUGUGAGAAUAUGCCACAUUGCCCAUCAGUAAUGGCAGAGACGCUCCCAAUAUUGGAUGUUUCACCUGAGGACAGAUAGAUUUGCCAGGGAGUUUGUGGCUGAAGUCUGGCAUUUGGCGGUGGCCCUGUAUGAGAAUUCCCGGUGGCAGCGAUUAAUGUUCCCGUUCUUGAAGUGUGGACAGCCAACAGGGGGCGCAGCAGGAGCUGUGAAGUCUGGAAUCCGCCAGCCCAGCUCCACACUCAGGGGGGCCAGGGGCUGUAGUCCCACUGAUCGAGCACUUCCAUAAGGCCGCCGCUGGGCUAACUAGCUCCCACUUGUUGCUUGGUUUCUGUCAACAGUGUUGUGAGAUGGCUGAACUCUGUGACCCCUGGAGCCUGUUUCAGCCUCACGCUGUCAGAAAGCAGCUGUUUGGAAAGAGGCUCUGGUUCAUCCUGACUCGAGGGCUGAUACUCUGAAUGGUAUGACGCCGUUCCUAUUCAGUCCAGUGUGGUGUUAUGUUCCUGCCCGUCCCCAUCAAUGGUGAGGCCCCAGACUGAGUCCAGCGCGGCCCCUGGAGUCCCCAGCGGCGGUAGCCGGCAGGGCCCCACCAUGGACAGCACCGCGGCGGAGCCCCGGCCCAGUGCCCCCUCGCUGCAGCACACCACACAGCCACCGCCACAGCCUCGGAAGAAACGGCCUGAAGACUUCAAGUUUGGGAAGAUUCUCGGUGAAGGCUCUUUCUCAACAGUUGUCCUGGCCCGAGAACUGGCAACCUCAAGGGAAUAUGCUAUUAAAAUUCUGGAGAAACGUCACAUUAUCAAAGAGAACAAGGUCCCGUAUGUAACCAGAGAGAGAGAUGUGAUGUCACGCCUGGAUCACCCCUUCUUUGUUAAACUUUACUUCACGUUUCAGGAUGAUGAAAAGCUGUAUUUUGGCCUUAGUUAUGCCAAAAAUGGAGAACUACUUAAAUACAUUCGCAAAAUCGGUUCGUUCGAUGAGACGUGCACCCGAUUUUACACGGCCGAGAUGGUGUCUGCCCUCGAGUACUUGCACGGCCGGGGCAUCAUCCACAGGGACCUGAAGCCAGAAAACAUUUUGUUAAAUGAAGAUAUGCACAUCCAGAUCACAGAUUUUGGAACAGCAAAAGUGUUAUCCCCAGAGAGUAAACAAGCCAGGGCCAACUCGUUUGUAGGAACAGCCCAGUAUGUUUCUCCAGAGCUGCUCACAGAGAAAUCGGCCUGUAAAAGUUCAGACCUUUGGGCUCUUGGAUGCAUAAUAUACCAGCUUGUGGCAGGCCUGCCACCAUUCCGAGCCGGAAACGAAUAUCUUAUAUUUCAGAAGAUCAUUAAGUUGGAGUAUGACUUUCCUGAAAAAUUCUUCCCUAAGGCAAGAGACCUUGUGGAAAAACUUUUGGUUUUAGAUGCCACAAAGCGAUUAGGCUGUGAAGAAAUGGAAGGGUACAGCCCUCUGAAGGCCCAUCCGUUCUUUGAGUCCAUCACGUGGGAGAAUCUGCAUCACCAGACGCCUCCGAAGCUCACAGCUUACUUACCAGCCAUGUCGGAAGAUGACGAAGACUGCUAUGGAAAUUACGACAAUCUCCUGAGCCAGUUCGGCUGCAUGCAGGUGUCGUCGUCGUCUUCCUCCCACUCCCUGUCGGCCUCGGACGCGGGUCUGCCGCAGAGGGCGGGCAGCAACAUCGAGCAGUACAUCCAUGACCUGGACACUAAUUCUUUUGAACUGGACUUACAGUUUUCCGAAGAUGAGAAGAGGUUAUUGUUGGAGAAGCAGGCCAGUGGAAACCCUUGGCACCAGUUUGUAGAAAAUAAUUUAAUACUAAAAAUGGGUCCAGUAGACAAGCGAAAGGGUUUAUUUGCACGACGACGACAGUUACUGCUUACAGAAGGGCCACACUUAUAUUACGUGGAUCCUGUCAACAAAGUCCUGAAAGGUGAAAUUCCCUGGUCACAAGAACUCCGACCAGAGGCCAAGAAUUUUAAAACCUUCUUUGUCCACACGCCGAACAGGACAUAUUACCUGAUGGACCCGAGCGGGAAUGCUCACAAAUGGUGCAAAAAGAUCCAGGAGGUGUGGAGGCACAGAUACCAGAGCCACCCAGACGCCGCUGUGCAGUGACAGGCCCACGGCCGCUGCCCUCGCUGCCAGGACACGCGACCUAGCGCGGCUCGCCGCCAUCCGGGACGCUUCCAGACCACCUGCCAGCCAUCUCAAGGGGGACGCAGACGGCGGAACCUUGCAGCUUUUUUAUUUAAAAGAAAAGAAGAAAAAAAUACACAACCACACAAAGAACAAAACCAAUAAUGAACAGGAAUUCAGGGUCGCUUUGCUUGCUCUCUGUGCUCUGUGGAGGCCUCCCUGAGCUGGCCUGGCCGCGGCGCGGGUUCCAGCGCCGUGCACGUCUGCCUGAUUCCCCACCUGGCCCAGUGGACCAGCGUCACCAUCGUGCACCUCGGUCACCUGUUGGUCCUGCUGUGGCCGAGGGGACAGGCGUGUCUUUGGGCUGUUUGUGCCCCCGAGAUUAUCACAGGACUCCACCAGGAAGCUGUGCACGUGCUGCGAUCUCGGUGGGGGGGAGGGUUCUUGGCUUUUGCCCAUGUGCUCCUUUCCUCGCGUUUCUAGUUCAUGGCUCAUCCCCUCCGCGCCCCCGCGGGCCCUUUGCUUUCUUCCUCGAGUAGCUCUGGCUGCAGGAUUUCCGUGGCCUGGCUGUCGGUCUGCAAGUGCUGCACGUGUUGUCUGCCAGGCCGGCUCCCAGGGCUGAGACACAGAACAGGUUGUCAGGUGAAAUCAUUGGAGGGACCAGCAAGGCUGUCCUCCGUCCUCAUCCAUCCAAACAGUGUUGCCCCCUCGGGUUGGGAACCAGUGCGUGUCCCGGGGGAGCACAGUGUGCAGUGGCCCAGGAGCCCCCAUCUGCACCGGAAGAUGGCUCUGCCUGCCCCGUGAGAGCCAGGGCAGCAAGCCAGAUGGCCUGGUGGCCUCCUCGUGGAGGAGUGAGACCUGAUGAGCCCCUCGGAGAGUGUGUUUAAAGGGUGAAGCGUGCAGUGAAGUGGGGGCUUAGAGUCCUGUCCUCACAGACGGGAUGGGACCCAGUCACAUCUGGGCGGCACACACCCUUUUCAUGUUGUGUUUAUCGUUCUCACAGCCUAACUCAGCGCAUUUGUACGUCCUGACAGAAUCCAAAUGCCUUCUCGCGUUGCCCCGUCACCUGGGCCCUGUUGGGUGGACUUUGCUGGAAUAAAGUGUCACUCCCGUUGCGCGAGGGGCAGGAACACUUGAACUCGAGCGCCCGGCCUGCUCUCCUCGGGGUUCAGGUGCCUCCUUUGGCUGCUCGGAGGUGGCUCCCACCCUGCUGUGAACAGCGCCUGGUCCAGGCCCUGGCAGGUCCUUUGAUUGAUUUUGCUUCUGCUCCCCCGAUGGUGAGAACUCCUGGCGGGCGUCCUGGCGGAGCUGGGUGUUCCUUGCUCUGCCCAGGUUGUCCCUGGAGGGCAGUCCCACUGCUGCAGGCUGCGCCCAGACACGUCUCUGUCCCCAGGGGCUGAACACCUGGCCGUUUUCUUUAGACUUGUCCCCAGGCACCAGCAAAAGGCUCCCAGGAAAGACCCCUCCACCACCGCCACUUCCUGUCCCGUCCCCCAUCUCUAACGCACCGUCCGUCACCCAAGUGCCCAGGGGUCCAGAGGGACAGGAAAGGUGUCUUUCUCACACUGAGUGAUAAGAGGAGCUCUUCUUAAACCGGGAGGAAGUGUGGCUGUGGGGAAUUGCGGUGCUCGGGCAGGGAAAGGGCUUGGAGGGAGCAGAGGUGGGAGCCAGGUCUGCAUGUGGUUUCUCUUCAGACCUUGCCCUCUGCUCUGUGAGAGCUGAGAGGGGGAAGGAGAGCGAGUGCGUGCGUGUGUGCGUGCGUGUGUGCGUGCGUGGUGUGUGUACGUAUGACUGUCGGUGCCCCGCUGGGGGCCUAGCUGCCCUUGGUCGUUCUCCCUCUUCCCUCCUCGCUUUGGAAAGGCUUGCCUGUGUUUCCCUGCUUUUCCAAGUGUCGGACGUGGCCCUUUCUUUCACGUCCACUUCAGGCUUCCUCCCGUAUUUCCAUUUCUCCCUUGUCCGCACACCCGCCUGUGUGUGCAGUUAGGGGAGUCAGGAGCCCACUCCCGGGCGCGUCUCCCCCGGUGUCUGGUGAUGGCACCACGGAGAGCUGGUAUUUGGCUUUAACGAGAGCAGUCAGCGGGGCCGCUCAGGAGACUUUCUGCCCCAGAUAGUACCACUACCUCCUGGGCUUAACCAACAAGCUCCAUCUUAACCUCCCACACCAGAGAAGAAGGGGUUCAGGGAUGAGCUCGCCGCUGACAGAGCUGGAAUGACUGCCCUGGCCUGAGCCCGUGACGGCUGAGCCCUUCUCUUAGGCCACCUGCCUCCCUCCCUCCGCUCACUCAGAGUCCGUUUUCUUUUUCAUAUCUUCUUCCCCUGAACUUCCUCCUACACCUUGAGUUUUAGCACCUCCUAGAGCCAUCAUCGCGGCGUGCAGGUGCCUUACAUUCUAAGAUGCAGAUGUCGGCCUGUGUACAUGACAGACGUGCAUGGAAUUAGUAACGUGGAUUUCUCCAAAGUGAGAAAGAAAUGCCCUGUUUAAUAUUUACUAGAUGCAGGAGCCAUGUCUCUUACUAAGAGGGCAGGGACAAGUGUAAGUGUAAGUGCCUAACCACGCACCCGCCAAGUGGAGACGGUCCCACGCUGCGUGGGAGGGGACAGCCGGGGACUUGGUCUCCACGGUGCCUUGCCGCUCUGAGAAUGCAAAGAAGCUGGGGUUGCGUGGGGUGAUUCCCUCCCCUUCCCAUGGACUAGACCAGGGCCUUGGGCAGCGGGCAGCCCCACCGGUAACGGGCACCAACACAUGCCUGCCAUUCUGAGCCUCCGCAGGCUUGUGACAGACUGGCUUUGGGAAGGAUGGCUCUUGUGGUCAUGCCAGAGCGGCGGGAACUGCACCUCCUCCAGCCCCCAGGGACACUAUUAUUUGUGGCCCAGGCCGGAAGGAAUUGCAGGAGAUGGUCCUAUGGCAUAGACCCCCUUGACCCCCCAGGCCAGGGUACCAGAACAGGGGGCUCUGGGAGACUGCGUACUUGCUUAAAAUACUUGUUUCCUGAAAAACGCAAGCCUAGGCUCACCGCCCAGAAAAGAGCGCUGAACGUGCUGGUGUCUGGCCUGUCCCCCCCCACACACACACUGCUUGGCUUGUGUUCUAAACUGGGGACAUACAACAUAGUUUUGCACCCAAUCUUUUUCACUUGCUACUUUAUCUCAAAGCAUCUCCUUGUGUCAUGAACAGUGAUUCAGAAAUGUUGUUUUUAAUGAUUGUAGAGUUUAAUGGUUAUAAAUUUUAUCAUAAUUUAUCUGACCAUUUCCCUGUUGUAAAACAUUUAGAUGGCUUCUGUUUUUUUUCACUAUUUAAAUUAUGCUGUGGUGACUAUCCUUCUACAUCUUUUGAUUUUUGACUCUGAACCCUCCUCCCCCCAUUCACAGAAGUGGUUAUUUUUUUUAAUUUAUACAUUUUAAUAUGAGAAGUAUUUUUUACAAGCAAUGAAAGCCAAUAUGAAAAAGCAAAGUUAGCAGGUGGUCUGAGGCAGGACAGUGUUCUCUCUGUGGUGUCAUGAGCUCUCCCCCUUUGUCACCUGGCACUGCAGUAGCCCAAUCUGUAACUGGCAUUGGUCUUUCUUGUGACUUCGCCGCGCUCCCCUUUGUCCUUACUGAAAAUCUCGUCCUCCUCAAGAAUCUUUGUUAUGUGGUUUGUGUGCCAUGUUUUUCUUGCAUGUGGCCUUGAGAGGCCUAUACAUAUCCCUAAGCCAAAGCAGCCACCUUCUCCAGACAGCCCUCCGGACUCUCGUUCCGAUGAGCGUCUCUUACACAACAACAAUUGAAAAACACCCGUGGGAAGCUCAGUCUAGAUGUCAGUGAAGACUAAUCCCUUGGUGGUUGCCACGGAUGUAAUCGGAGACCGGGUCCUUGUAUCAUCUCAGGAAGGCAUUCCAGGAUGUACAAAUACUAAUCCACGCAAACAAAGCCAAGCAAGCCGAGGAUUUAUUAAAAGAGAAAACAUUACAGUACACUCAAGAUGGCGUGAGAGUGGACAGGCCCAGGAAAAAGGGCAACGGCCAGGAGUGGUAGGUAUUUUUGAGUCAGAGUUUGUUCAUUUAAAAGUUGGUGUUAAUCUCUUUCUCCGUCUUGAUCUGAUGCUUAGAAGCUCAGAAUUCUAGUACAGAACCUUAGUUUCCUUCAGAUUCUGAAGAAAUGAAUUCCUGGUAAGCUGUGUGUUCCAAAGAAUGUUUCACUGAGACUGCCUUUUUUUUUUUUUUUUUUUUUUUUUUUUUUUGCUAAAAUGAUGUCAUUACUGCAGUCCAUCUGUGACAGAUUUUUUCCAAAAGCCAAUUUCCUUCUUUCCAUUGAGAGACUCUGGUGUGCUUGCAUGUUAGUUACCUUCCCAUCGCUGCUGCUAUCGCUCUCAAGUGCUUGGUGAUAUUUUCAGAAUCUCGUACUUUGUGUUCACAAUGGUACUGAAUUUCCAUCUGCACAGUCAGCAGAGAUAGAAAGUGUUGAACUGACCUCGCCACGUGCUUACUGGGUAUUUAAGUUCAUAGCCUCAAAGUGCACUGGGACAUUGGAAUCAGUAACAGCCAAGGCUCUACUUGAAACAGAAACCAUGCAGACAGUUGAGUUUUACAGAAGUGUGUUUGCCCCCAUGCUCCUCAAAUCCUGGGACUCGGUGGGUGUAAUAGAGCAGGUGGCCAGGCGUUUUCAUGGUAAAGUGUAACUGUCCUGGCUGAUAAGAAUGUAACGACGACUUCUCCCCUCUCCUUACCCGCCAUGUUGCAGGUUUGCCUAGUUGUCUUCAAGUCCAGGCCACCCAAGUUUGGUUUCAUUCUUAGUUUCCCCACUUUAGUUUUGGGUCUGUUUAUUCUGAGGGGAAACCUGCACGAGAGAUUUUUCUAGGUGCCGUUCUCAGUCAGUGCCACUUGACUUUGCCAGAGAUUAUGGCUGAAUUGUGCAGAAUUAGGUCUCCCACCACCGUCCUCUGACACCCCAAAGCCCCUCUCUCUCGGCCAGUCCACAGCCUGAUGGUGCUCGCCGCCCAGACUGCAGAGGCUGUAGUCACUGGGAGCGUUUGGUGAUGUUACUAUUCUCGGAGAUGUUGCCACACACGUCUUUCCAUAUUGUUUCUUUUCCUAUCCAAACCUAGCGUGAACUGAUGGUGACUCAAGUGGGUGGGGCCCUGGCCUACAUGGCAAGUGCUUUAGAUCAGGGCCGAGGUCACUCCCAGAGCUCCUGAGGGGCACAGGUUGAUGGCCCAAGGUUGCAGGGCUGUACAUCAGGCUGCCUGUGGAGAACUGGCCUGGAGAGGAAGUUCUGGCAAAGAGCAGUUUUCUCUCUGGUUCAGACAGCCGUAGUGGGCCACUGAACAAGCCUACCUGUAUACCUGAAGUUUCCCACAACUCAUUUCUUCAAUAUGAAGAAACGGCAAACUUUAUGUACAGAGGACUUUUUACAAAAGGCAAUCAUUUUUCAGCUGUGUAAUCCACCCUAGUAGAACCUGUCUGGCUGAAUGACUGUGAACAGGGUCAUUCUGUUGGUGAAAAGCCUCUAUCAUGAUCUUAAGUUUAAUUGGAUGUUGGCAACAUCAAAUCCUGCAGUAUUUAGAGCUGCUGUAUCUGUUCCUUAACACAAAAUAGGGUGAAUCGAUUGUAUGGUAGCUGUCUAUCAGGUUGGUGGCAGUCAGUUAGAACAUGUUUAAUAUUCUCUACCUGGUCUGUAGCUGUAACUGUGAUGUACAGGCAAAGCAAAAAUAAAAAAAAUAAAAACUUAUGAAAACAAUGCAAUGAUAUUAGGAUAUACACUUUUGUAUUUUUAUUCUUAUAUAAGGUUAUUUGCUGGCUAUUGUUGGCCUCUAGUUCAGUCUGUGUUAUUUAAAAUCUAAUAUAUGAAUUAUUUGGAUUGAAUUCAUGUUCGGGGCCACUUUGUUGUAUGUAUUGAUGUACAGCCUUGAAUGUGAAUAAUUAUUGUAAACUAUAUUUUACAACUUUUUUUCUGGCUUUAUUAUAUAAAUUUUCUAUUUGGUCAAUGAUUUAAUCAUAUAAUUUAAUGAAUCUUUUUUUCAAAUAUUUGUGCUUUAGAUGUAGCUGCCAGAUAAUGAAUUUUACACGUAUGCUCGGUAGUCUUGUAAUAAAAAAGCAUGUAGUGUGUA